GACGUCACUCGGAGGCGGGGCUGCGGCGCUGGGACGGACAGACGGAAGGUGCACGCAGAACAGACCGGGCGGGGCCGGCGCGGGCGCGGGUGCGGGCGCGGAGGGCCCCGAUGGUGGAGGACUGCACAAGGUAGCGGCGGCGAUGUGGGGGUGACCGUCAGCGCGCGUUCCAGGACCGUGAGAGCGGAGGGCCCCUGGGCCAGGUGGACGUCAGUCGGGAUGGAAGCAGAAGGCUUGGAUUGGCUUUUGGUCCCCUUGCACCAGCUGGUGUCCUGGGGGGCAGCCGGGGCCAUGGUCUUCGGAGGGGUCGUGCCCUAUAUCCCACAGUACAGGGACAUCCGGAGGACUCAGAAUGCUGAGGGCUUCUCUACCUACGUGUGUCUGGUGCUCCUGGUGGCUAACAUUUUACGGAUCCUUUUCUGGUUUGGAAGGCAUUUUGAGUCGCCGCUCCUCUGGCAAAGCAUAGUCAUGAUCUUGACCAUGUUACUGAUGUUGAAACUCUGCACCGAAGUCCGCGUGACAAAUGAGCUGAACGUAAAACGCCGUUUCUUUGCAGCUGCGGAUACCCAGGAUGAAGCAAUCAAGCCCCCGCCCCGGCGGUCAUAUCUGGACUUUGACCCUCGCCACUUCUGGCACUGGAGCAGCUUCGGGGACUACGUGCAGUGUGUCGUGGCCUUCACGGGCGUGGCGGGCUACAUCACGUACCUGUCCAUCGACUCGGCCCUGUUUGUGGAGACCCUGGGCUUCCUGGCCGUGCUGACCGAGGCCAUGCUGGGUGUCCCGCAGCUCUACCGCAACUAUCGCCACCAGUCCACUGAGGGAAUGAGCAUCAAGAUGGUGUUCAUGUGGACCAGCGGGGACGCCUUCAAGACCGCCUACUUCCUGCUGAACGGCGCGCCCCUGCAGUUCUCCGUGUGUGGCCUGUUGCAGGUGCUGGUGGACCUGGCCAUCCUGGGACAGGCCUACGCGUUCGCCCGCCACCCCCCGAAGCCCGCCCCCCACGCGGCGCACCCCGCCAGUGCCAAGGCCCUCUGAGGCAGCCGGGAAGGAGGACAAGGACGCGUGGCGGUCUCCGGCCGCAGGCGCCGCCCGGCCGCCCGGCCUCCCCGUCGGGGCGGGCAGGCACCGUGGCCCCAGAGGGGUCUCAGCCGUCGGGAUCUCUGUCAGCCUCUGUGGGUCUGGGGUGGGCCGGUGGGGGGGCCUGGCUGCCGGCCUUUGUGCCCGCCCGCCCCGAGGACGGGCGCCAGUGGGGUUCACAGCGAGGGCCGGGCUGCGGCUGCUUUCGGGCGAUGGAAAAGUGAGCGUUCUCUUCCUUCCUCUCACAAGACGCCUGUCUGCAGCCUGGAACGUGCUCACAAACCCGGGAGAGGCUGACCUGGGGCUGCGACAGGACAGAGGACACCAUGAAGCCCCUCCGGAGUGCAGAGCCCGGUCUCAGAAGGGCCCGGGCGCAGAGCCCGCCUGAUACAUGUGGAAAGGAGGCCGUGAGGACGCGCGUCACGAGUGUUCUUGAUUAUCGGGCCAGAGUUGGCCCUUUCGGGGCCACCUGCGGUGCAGCUGCCUCACGGGACUCAGGACUCGGCCGUCAGCUCGGCAGUGGGGCCCAGGGCUGUCCUGUGGGCCCCCUGGGCCUCACUGCUACGCUGGCUUCUUCCUGGCAGGCACCGGUGUGGACCCUGCCGGGGCUCGGGGGUGUGGUGGGGUGCCGGUGGCCCGCGUGUGCUCCCAGGAAAGCCAGGGGCCCGCGACCGGGUCCCCCAAGGAGGGCUGCCUUGCGGGGCGUUUUCCCUGUAUCCUGGGGAAUGCACGUGUCUGCAGCACACAGCCUUCCAUCUUCAGGACAGGGGGCCGGUCUGCGGGCCAGGAGUGGGGACACGCGUGGCCCGUGUCCCUGCUGCCGAGCCAGUCCCAUACCCCACACUCUGGGCCCUCAGGCCUGGGGUGACCUUCCGGGGUAGGGGGCCUGGCCCCGGCAUCUCUGCCCGCCGAACCCCUGGUCCUCCACAUCCCCUGCAUCUGGCUGCGGUGGGGGCUGCUGGGUGACUCUGGUCGCCCCGUAUUUCCCCCCUUCACUGUCACAUGAGCAUCUCAGCCGUGCCCAGCAGCCCUGGGCAAGCUCCCAGGCCCCCAGAGCCUGUGUUCUGGAUGCUUCCACGUGGCUUCCCUUCUGCUGGGCAGAGGGGCAGCUCUGGGGGGGAGGGAGGGGUUGACCGGGGUGCCACAGCCCUAGUGGUGUCUGCUGUGCACAGCCGUUCCCUCCUCCAGAGUUUUCCUCAAAAACUCCUGCGUGUUUGAGCGAGGAUCCUGCCGAGUUAAUGGCUGUGAGAUGACCUAGAAAUGCUUAGUUUAUAAAAAUGAAGGGACAUGUCUGCAGCAGUAAUUGCCUCCGAAUUAAAACGUCACCGAUUGCAGUGGUGACCGGCCGCGCCCAGGUUGGGGGUGGGGGGGCGCUCCGUUCUGUCAGUGUGGUGACUGUGAAUCAAUAAACCGCUCGCGGAUCCA